GAACCUAUUGACGUGGUGCCUUUGUCUACUUCGGUUUCGGUUGACUUCUUCAGUAGCACGGCACCACCGUUCACUCUCUCUCUCUGUGCCCGUGGCCUAAGCCUGAACCUGAGUUUUGUUCUGCAACCAUCACCGUAGAAAAUGGCUAGCGACGACGAUCUUCGAUUCUUCGAGCUGAACACAGGUGCCAAGAUUCCUUCUGUUGGUUUGGGCACUUGGCUUGCUGCACCUGGCGUUGUUGCUAAUGCCAUAGCCACCGCCGUCGAUGUUGGAUAUCGGCAUUUGGAUUGUGCACAAAUUUAUCGCAAUGAAAAAGAGAUUGGGGAUGGGUUGAAGAAGUUGUUUGCUGAUGGUGUAGUGAAGCGUGAAGAUAUGUUUAUCACCUCCAAGCUAUGGUGUACCGAUCACUUGCCAGAAGACGUUCCAAAGGCAUUUGAUAGAACAUUAAGGGAUUUGCAGCUGGACUAUCUUGAUCUCUACCUUAUUCACUGGCCCGUCAGCAUGAAAAAUGGGCAGCUCACCAAACCCGACAUACCUAGCACAUGGAGAGCAAUGGAGGCACUCUACAAUUCCGGCAAGGCUCGAGCUAUAGGAGUCAGCAAUUUCUCUGUAAAGAAGCUCCAGGAUCUGUUGGAGGUGGCAAAUGUGCCUCCAGCUGUUAACCAAGUGGAAUUGCACCCUUCAUUACCACAACCAAAAUUACAUGCUUUCUGUAAAUCCAAGGGAGUGCACUUAUCUGGUUAUUCCCCAUUGGGUAAAGGACUUGAGAGUAAUAUUCUUAAGAAUCAAGUUCUGCACACAAUUGCAGAGAAGCUAGGGAAGACACCAGCCCAAAUAGCGCUUCGAUGGGGACUACAAAUGGGUCACAGUGUGCUGCCCAAGAGCACAAAUGCCACCAGGAUCAAGGAGAACAUUGAUCUGUUUGACUGGUCCAUACCUGCAGAUUUGCUUGCCAACUUCUCUGAAAUUGAGCAGGAGAGAAUUGUUCCUGGGUGGGACUUUGUUGGCAAGACAUCUGCUGGGUACAAAACAAUUGAAGAACUCUGGGAUGGCGAGUAAUGGACAGAUUCCAUAUUGGCCAUUGUUCUUCUCCUAUUUAAAAUUUUAAUGCAGAAUGAGUGGAUCCUUAUGAUAAUUGUAAUAAUUUACCAUGUGUUUAUAACUUGGGACUCAAGAUAUGUUAUUGGGAAUUUGGAACUUUACAUUUACAAAAAUAAUUUAACAUUUUAUAAUUUA